CAGAGGAGGAGACAGUCGCAGAGCAAGGCGGAUCCGGCUUAGGCAGAGAGCAGCUUCAGCUGUUACUGGUCAUUGACAAGUCCCUGAACCAGCACUAGCAAACCUCCCUCAUCCCAAGGAAACCGACUGACACAUUAGAACCCCCCUUUAAACGACAAUCACACUGAGCAUAGGCAACUGCGUGUUUGUGUUCUAACAGGAAACUGACCAUAGGAACUGUAUCAGUGCAAGCUUGCUUCCUGUUGUGCUAUAAGUUGCAACCCAGCUAACAGCAAUGGGUAAUGGAAUGAACAAGAUUCUUUCUGGUUUAUUCAUUGGAAAUUUUAAAGAUGCACGGGAUGUUGAACAACUGUCUAAGAACAAUGUUACUCACAUUCUUUCCAUACAUGAUAGUGCCAGGCCUAUGCUAGAGGGUAUGAAAUAUCUCUGCAUUCCAGCAUCCGAUUCUCCAAGUCAAAACUUGAUACAACAUUUUAAAGAAAGCAUUACAUUCAUCCAUGAAUGCAGACUGAAAGGAAAAGGCUGUCUAGUUCACUGUUUAGCAGGUGUUUCCAGAAGUGUAACUUUGGUAGUGGCCUAUGUUAUGACUAUCACAGACUGUGGAUGGGAAGAUGCAUUGUUUGCCGUACGUGGUGCAAGAACAUGUGCCAACCCAAACAUGGGUUUCCAGAAGCAACUUGAGGAUUUUGGAAAGCGAGAUGUACUUCAUUUCCGGAAGUGGUUGAAAGAGACUUACGGUGAGAACCCUUUCCCUGAUGAAGAAGAAGUCAAACAACUUAUAGCCAAACAUAAGCAGCAAGAAGAGGAGGAAUCUCAACGUGCUGGAAGUUCGGGAAGACAAUGGAGCAGCCACUUGACUCCACUUUCAUCCAUGUCUUACAACUACACCACUGAGACAUAAAUCUUUCUCCUAUUGCUUAUAUCUUUUGUAUGUCCCACUAAAAAGUCACCAGUCAGAGAAUAUAAGUGGAAAGUUGGUGAUUAGUGUUGGUAAAAAAAGAAAGGUUAAAUACACUUUGAUUGGUCUUAAAACACAAUGUAUCUGCUGUAUAAAAUGACACUAUACUUCCCCUUAACUACUGUCAGUUUGUUCUAGAAUUAUUUUAGCCUGGUUUUAUAAGGGAAGAGGGGCAUGUCGACAGCUACAUUAAUUUCUAAGCACCCAGAUGCUUUCCAUUGAGUACCUUAAACCAGGAGUCUUUUUUUAAAAGCCUUGGGAGUGCUAAGCACUACUUUUUUCUGGCUUUUACUGUUCUUCAAUUUUUUAAUGUAUAGUUUAAUAUUUUCUACCUCAAAAUGGAAUUGUUUUCUAAGAACCACUUCCCCUUAUUAACGUCAAAAGGAUUGACUUAUCUCACCACAGUGUUGGUCUUACUCAGGUUGUUUAACUACAUACAACACUUUUGAAUUAUACAGUUCCGCCAAUUAAGUCCAACAUACACUUAUAGUGGUGUGAUCAGAUGCUCAGGUAUGUAACUUGGAAUGUUCCACUACCCUAAAUUCUUAAAAAAAAUAACUAGCAUUUUCUGCAUGCACAGUUGUGUCAGGCAGCAGAAUAGCUAUAUAGGUGUAACAGAGAUAAAUAUUGUGUUGUACUUUAUGAUCACUUCGAUAACUACAUAUACAGCAAUAUUGUGAUCUUCAUCAUUGCAAGUGAUCGUAGAUGACAUUCGUGUACUCAGUAAUAUCUUAUCAAGACACAAAGAAAAUUGUCAUUAAUGUUUAUGUAUAAAAUACCAGAAUAUUCUGUAAUUUAAUAACAGAGAAAAGGGAACAUAUUAAAGUGGGGGUACUGUCUCUCAAUAAAUAUGUUAUAAAUUAUACAUUGAAAGGCAUAGAAAAGAGUUAUAACUGGUUUAUGUUUUUUCUCCACAUACUAAUUUAAAUCUAAACUAAAAUAUUUCUUUGUAUCAUAUUCUUUUUCAUUGUGUGCUCAUUUAAUUAAAAUUUACAAGCUAGUGACCUGGACCCUAUUUAUACAUUUAAAAAUUGUUUAGUACCACAUAGGUGUUUUGGUAUGGGGGGAGGGGUAUAUUUUCUUUUUCUCAUUGGCCAGUUCAGCCAUAAUGAAUGUAAAUUAAAAUUAAUAAAAAUACAAAAAACAUGGGAACAAAGUUAUUUGGUCACAAGCCUAGAGUUUCUAUGUGAUUUUUCCAAGGGUCACAUAAUUAAAACAACACUAUAUCCACCAAAACAAUUUUAGCUUAAUAAAGCAGUAUACAUCAUUCCUAAUGCAGUCUCACUGCUCGAUUCUCUGCCAAUUAGGUGUUAAAUCACUUUGUCCAUGCAGCCCUAGUCACACCUCCCUGCUUGUAAUGUACACAACCUUCCUAAACACUUCAUGUAAAGAGACAUCUAAUGUUUAUACUUCCUUUAUUACACAUUCUGUUUGAUAUAACAUUUCUCAUCUCCUGCUAUGUUAAUAGUCUUCUAGCCCCUCAGAAACCUGUUGUGUCUGAUUAAAGUUCGAUUUACAGAGCAGAAGAAAAAUACUUCUAAAACAAGUCAACAACUUAUUUAAAAUCAAACCAUUUUGUUUUCAUGCAGGCUGUGUGAGUCACAGCCAGUGGAAUUGUGACUAGGGCUGAAUAAACAGAAACAAAAGUAAUUUAACUCAUAAAUAACGGAGAAUUGAGCAGUGAGACUGCACUGCAGGGGCAUGAUCUGUACACCAGAACUGCUUUAUUACGCUAAAUAUGUUUUGGUGCCUACCUAUAGUGUCCCUUUAGAUUAAAUACUUGAGGUCUUGAUAUAGACGAAUGUCGACAAUAGGAUACAAUUCAUGCAGUCCAGACAUGACCAAUAUUAAAAGGCUGUGACCAAAAACGGAAAAUGCAGAAAUAAUAACGUUCAUGCUAUAGUGUGUACUUGUGAUAGUUAAGAUUCAACUUUUGAAUUUUGAAGUUCUUGCUUGUGCCUUGUCAUGAAAAUGGAUAAUCCACCCUUCUUGGUGUUUCUUAAUAAACACACACAUCUAUUUCAUAUAUUCUCUUUGAUGUAAAUGAUUAGUCAAUUAAAUUCAGGAGAAGCCAUAGUGAGAGGUGUUCUUAUUUUCUCAAAAAAAUAGAGAGCUGCUAUUUGGAUUUAUUUUUAUACCAGAACUGUAAAUUCACUUAAUAUACAAUUGAAAGGAUUGGCAAUUUAAAAAAACAAACAAACAAAAAAAAAGUCAUUUCCCACAACAAGUAGUGUGUAAGUCAACCUAUGAAGUUACCUUUUUUCAAGAAAUUUAAAUAAAGGUCUGUUUUCUUCUGUAAUAUUUGCAUAAACCUAAUGCUAGUACACAAAUGCCUUGAUCGCUAUUAGUGUAAUGGACCCUAAUAUAAGGUGAAGUCAGUUGAUUUAAAGGACAUCUCAUGCAUGUUCAUCAAAAAUCAUAUUUAGGCUUGUAUUUUCUUUGUAUAUUAGCGAAAAUAUUUUGUUAGAGUAUCGAAAAGGGGGGGAGAAACUAUUUUGAUGAGUAGUAAUAUUUGCAUAUCUCAUUCCAAGAGCAUGCAAUUUAUGUAAAACAAAAUGCAUAAAUUACAGGGAAGGAAGAUCUUGGUGACUGAACAUUAAGGAAAAGUUAAACAUUUUCUGUUUAUUUUGUUUUGUGUUUUUUGAUACAUGAAUAUAGUUAAUCAACAUAUUAUGACCACUUACUCCUCCUGUGCAUCAGAUAUCUCUUUGGGUUACUGAACAAAGACAAAUUGCAUCAGAUAAGCAAGGAAAAGCAAAUGUUUUAUAAUGUUUGAGCAAAAUGUUGGUUUGCCACCCUCAUUCAAUUAAUAUUUUGCAAAUAUUCCAACGCCUGUUUUAAAUGCUUCUGGGUAAAUGCCAUGUAAGGCUGAUUCCAAAUGACUAUAUGAAUGUUUGCCAGAGAUUACACUGAAUAUUCAUUGAACAAAUGUAGCAUGAUUUAUAUAUAUUUUUUUUUUUAAAGGAACACUAUAGUCACCUAAAUUACUUUAGCUAAAUAAAGCAGUUUUAGUGUAUAGAUCAUUCCCCUGCAAUUUCACUGCUCAAUUCACUGUCAUUUAGGAGUUAAAUCACUUUGUUUCUGUUUAUGCAGCCCUAGCCACACCUCCCCUGGCUAUGAUUGACAG